AUGGAUCUCAACAACGACACUUUCCUGGCCACGUUUGGCAACGAUCAGGACUACCUUCGAGCCUUGACCGGGGGACCGUGGGUCAUCCUUGAUCAUUACUUGAUCGUGCAUCAAUGGUCUCCCUCCUUCCGUCCGUCCGAUAAACCACACAAAUCUGUGGUUGCCUGGGUUCAGCUCCCAGAGCUGCCGGUUCAUUUUUACCACAGAGAAGUUCUAUUUGCUUUGGGAAAUCUCAUCGGCAGAACAAUAAAGCUGGAUUACCACACAGAAAGGUUGGAAAGGGGCAAGUUCGCUCGCAUCGCAGUAGACCUGGAUAUGACCAGGCCACUACCAACUCGAAUUUGGCUUGAUGGAAUAUGGCAAGCGGUGGUUUACGAGAAUCUUCCGACCAUAUGCUAUGACUGCGGUCGCAUCAGACAUUCUGAGGAACACUGCCCGGAGAAGAAGCCCUCAAAUUCGUUAGCUAUGAUACCCAUCCUUGAUCCUGAUCAGCAACAUUCGCCGCCGGCUGAAGUUGCAUCGGAACCCCCUGCCGGAUUCGGUCCUUGGAUGCAAGUCUCGCGUAAAUCCAGGAAGCCAAAACAGAAAGCCGUGUCAAAGGCCGGAAAUCAAGCUGAUUCUACUAUGAAAGGGGUCGUGGAAUCAGGGCGGGGAUCAGGCAAGCCAACUUCAAAAGGAAAGGCAGAUAUCGCGAAAAUCACCUCUGCAAAGGAAGAGAAAGGGAAAGUUGUUCUACGACCAGCCUCAAAUAAUGGAUCUACAUCUAACCAAAAAGGUAAAAUGAUAAUGAAGGAUAUGAAGACAGCCAACGGGAAAGUCACAGAGGAAGAUGCCAAGGAGUGGAGACCAGUGGGCCUUAAGGGUAAUCCAUCAAGCAAUGGAAAGUUGUUAGCAAGCCAGCCCAGUAAUGACAAGGAAGCCUCCCCGUCCUCAUCUAAGAAUACAAUCUCGCAGCCCGUUACCCAAACCGUUCUUGGGCCCAACAACACCAAAAUCCAUAUUGUGGCGGUUCCACCCCUGGUUACCAACCAAAAAGAAAACUCCGAUCCUAAAAGUCGGUCAUCGUCGGCUAGAGAGCACUUUACCAAGAAGGGCAACAAUAAGAACCAAAAUCAAGAGAAACACAGGGGAAUUAAUCUCAAAGCGGUGAAGAAGCCAAUUCAGAUCAACUCGUCGGGCAUGUUAGAAAUGUCCAAGCAAAGGAAGGGGUCGACGUUUCCAAUCACUAUCAAGGAUAUCGAGGGUUUUUUCGCUACUUCUCCGCCGGUGACCGAUGGCAAAUCCCGUAACGAUGACGAAUCCAUCAAAGAUGUUAUGAUGGCGGAAGAAGCGUGCGCUCAAAUGACAACGGCCAACCCUGAGCUUGCGCCUCCUCAAGCUCCCGCCCUUUCACCUCAAUGA